CCGGUGGGGAGCGUGCACCGCGAGCGAAGAGCGCGUGGAGCGAGAUCGGAGCGCCGCCCGGAUUGCUGAUCGCAGGGUACGGGGAGGACAUGCGCCAAGAGCGCGCCACGGUCGUCGACAAGCGCCGGCCAUGACAGCGGUGACGUCACUGCUCGCCCUGGCGGCGGUCGCCACCGCGGCUGUCGCCCCCCUCCCUUCAGACCAGGACACGCCGCGUGAGUGGCUGACGUUGCUGCCGACCAACAUCAGCUUCAGCUGCGCAGGUCGCGUUCCCGGUUACUACGCCGACGUCGACAGUGGUUGUCAGAUGUACCACAUGUGCGACCCGCAGUCGAAGCGCUACAGCUACCUGUGCCCGGCGCUGACCGAGUUCAACCAGUUCUACAUGACGUGCGUGCAGCACGAGCGCGUCAACUGCUCCAUGUCGGAGAAGUUCUACCAUAUGAACGAGAUGAUCGGCAAGCCCCGCAUGCGCUUCCACAGCCUGCACCACGACGAUCACAAAAAGAAGGACACGGAGGGCUCCAAAGCAGACAAUCAGGUGGAUGUGUCGGCGCCCGCCGGUGAAGUCCUGUUCGAGUUCGAGACUAAGCUGGACAUGCCGCUUCCCAAGUUACGCCCGCGGCUCCGGCCCCGUCAACGUCUGACUACGAAAGCUGCCGCCUCCAGUCUGUCUCCGACCACCACCCCUGCCCCAAGGAGAGUGCAGAGCCACCGGCGCGCGGGUGCCUCGAGCGCCAGAAGGCGACGCCCAACGAAUGCCACCACACCCGCCCCAGCGACCGGAAGCGCAACAGUCUCUAAUGCGGCGGGUGCAAAGGCGUCGACAGCAGCGCCGUCUGCCGGCAGAAUUGCAGCGCCGCCUACCGGCAGAGCUGCGAGUCCUUCCACAGUCGGCGGCCGAGGCGAGCCAGCCAAACCAACGGCUCCUACGUCCGCGCCGACGCGACGCGCGCUGUUCACCACGCUGACCAGAGCCAGCGCUGGCACAGUGACGACCCCAGCACCGAGGCGGACCACCGCACGCACAAACGCGCCGCCGCGGCGCCGGCAGCCGGCGGCCGCCGCCACGACGGCAGUGCCAACGACCCGGUCGCCGCCGGUGUUCGGCGAGAAGACCCGUUCGCGGCUUCGCGGCACGGAGCGGCCAAAGGCGCCCGCUGUCGGUGCGAUCGGCGCUGUGACCGUCACGGAGAGGCCGGGACCCCGGGCGAAGACCGGCGACCGGCCGCGGGUGUCCGGCGGCGAGGCGCACAAAACGAGAGGCGGCUCGCUGAGGAUGAAGCCGCGCUUGCGGCUGUCGGACAUAAUACCGGCGAACAGGACGUCAUCGUCAGCCGCAGACAUCGCGGCCGAGGCAGUUUCAGCGGUGGAGAAGACACUGAGCCCGCCGUCCGCCCUCAGCGCGGCACUAGCGGCGUUCGAGCGGCGGGACCCGGCGCUGCCCAGGAACACAUUCCAAACGUUCGGUCUGCCGGGCAGUUUCGUGUUUGGGAUUGAGAUGGACGAGGGCAGGCCUGUUGCGGUCCUGCCUCCGAAACCCCGCACCGCCAAGGCAGCGCCAAGCACCACGACGCCCCGGCCGACCACAGCGUCACCUACGACAACUCGCCGAACCACCGCGAAGACGGCUCGGACCGUCCGGACGCGCACAACCACUCCGAAGUCGGUGACCGCCAGGUCGACUGUCGGGCGGAUUACGACGGAAGCCACGCGACCCCCGAGACCCCCGACAACGCGGUCGGCGCCCAGAAGGACCACGCUUCCGCCGGCCACCGCGGGGAAGGCGACCACACGCCAGACGCCGCCACCGACCACGCCGCGGCCAGCAGUGACGAGACGGACCACAGAGAGAGGAAAGGCGGAGGCGGCCGCCUCAACAGCGCGAGCGCGUGUGAUCCCCAGGCCCAGCGCAGGAUCUCGGCGAGCGACGACCGCGAAGCCCGCCAGGCUGGCGCGGAGACGGCGGCCGCCGGCCAAACAGCUCCCGGCCCCCGACGAGCUGGAGGCGCUGAAGCUGUCCUUUACGAUCGAGCCGCCGCAGUUCGCGCUGAGGGAGGACGGGCCGCACGAGGAGCGCAAGAUGAAGGUGCGCGGCGAACUCAUCACGGGCGAGAUGGCGCUGCGCAAGAUGAUGGUGGACCAGCUGAAGCCCGUCUACUUCCCCUCACUCAAGGUGCCGUUGAACCUGUUGCCGCCGCUGCUGUCAGAGCAUCAUGAACCAGACGGCGGGAUGAUCAGCACUCUGACACUGCCGGUCCGGCGAAGCCGCACCAACGACCUACUGGCCACGGGGGGCGUGGAGAGUCUGCUACCGCCGGAUCUGGGCCAGCUAGUGUCGCCUGGCGGCACGACGCCAGCGACAUCUACACAAAGUUCGGCGUCGACUCCUGCCUCGUCGACGCAGGCGACGUCGACGUCGGCGACGUCGCAGCGACCGCCUUCGUCCCGAAGAACGGUGACGCCGAAGGAGGAUCCACCCGGACUCACCAUGAAGUUCGAGAAGACGAAGAAGAAGGGUUUCAAGGUGGGGGACUCACACGGUUCCAAGGAGGAGGUUUGUUAUCCCUGCAUGAAGUCGUUCAUAAAGGACCUGGAUAACUGCCACCCGUGCGUCGUAAUCCGGUGAGCGGUCGGCGCGCGUCAGCCGACCGGUAAAACGAAUAAGUAAGACGAGUCAAACUGACUUUUUCGGUAAAUCUGGACUUGACUCGCAGUUACUGUCUAGGGCCUGCGAUGAAAAACAAAUCAAAUUCCGUUGAUCGUGGUUGGCUUGAGUGGUGAGUGUUGUGAUUCCGUGAGGUGUUGUAGAGAAGCGAGUGUUGAAUCCGGACGCGGUGGAUCAGGCGGACGCAUGUCAGUGAGCUAAUGAGACGGCGUGGAACUUCUGCAUGAGGAGCGUAUGGGGUCAAGUGACGUUGGAUUUGUCAAGAUCCACGUAUGUGCUGUCAGCUACCGACCGUUUCCAUUAACUACACAGCUUACCAGUCAGUGAUACGUCCUUUUCUAUCGCAUUUAAAAUGGUUGCGCAUGCUGAUAAAAUUUAAAGAUUCUGAUUUCUCUGGCCACGCACUUGUCUUACAGAUCAAUUUUGUAGCUUCAACCAUGAUGUACGUAGCAUUAAGCACUUAUAUAGAUUAGAAGCAUGUGUGUGUGCUCGCCGAUCUUUUCAUAAAAAAAUUAGAACCGCGCGGUCGAGCCUGCUCAAUUCAAAACGAUUGUGCUAAAACAGAUAGGCAGCGACAAUCAGCGGAGGUGUUACCGUAUUUAUGCACGUGCAUCUGAACGUAAAUGGAGAUGUCUGGUGUUUAUAUCACAUUGAAAUGCUGUAUGUGCAUGCGCAUGCAUGCUAUCGACAUCUGGUGUGAAUUCUUUCACAAUAAAAUCUCCAAAAGUCGCUUUGUGCAUCGCAAAGUGGCUGAGUGCAGUAUAUUGAUUGAAGAUAUUCCUGUAGAUUAUCGCUGAAGAUAAAUGUAAUGCAGGCGGUCGGCAGACUCGAGGCCGGUAUAAUGCGGAACAGUCACGGUGGCGCCGGCAUUUAACAACAGCACAAAAGCUACGCGGUGGCGUCGACAUUAUGCUUUUCGUGAUUUCAUAAGACUUGACCAGACAGGACC